UCCCACAAUGCCUCACGGUAAAGGUUUCAUAGCGGAAGUGUUAAGCUACUUUAGUGAGGACAGUUUCAUAAACACUGAUAUGUUUCAGGAUUAUUAUUUAUGAAUCGACUCUGGUACUCUUUAGCUAGUAAUACAUAGCUCGUGUAGACACUCUUGUGAACGAAGCUAGCAUGAUAGUUUGUUUCCAACAAAUUAAUGUUGCUAACGUGACGUGAGCCUCGAAGGAAAAGUCACUUUGUUAUACAUUUCAGGAUGUACACCUUGUUGUCGGGUCUUUACAAAUACAUGUUUCAAAAAGACGAAUUCUGCGUUUUGAUUCUUGGACUGGAUAAUGCUGGUAAAACGACGUUUCUGGAGCAAACAAAAACGAAAUUUAGCAAGAACUACAAAGGAAUGAGCCUUUCCAAAAUCACCACCACGGUCGGUUUGAAUAUUGGCACUAUAGAUGUGGGGAAUGCACGGCUCAUGUUUUGGGAUCUUGGAGGACAAGAAGAAUUGCAGUCACUAUGGGACAAAUACUAUGCAGAAUCUCAUGGAGUUAUCUAUGUAAUUGACUCCACUGAUGAAGAGCGUCUGACCGAGUCAAAGGACGCCUUUGAGAAGAUGAUAAGUAGUGAAGCUCUUGAAGGUGUUCCUCUUCUGGUUCUUGCAAAUAAACAAGACGUAGAAAACUGUUUAUCUGUAUCUGAUAUUAAGACUGCAUUCAGUGAUUGUGCACCCAAAGUUGGUAAACGGGACUGUCUGGUCCAGCCUUGUACUGCUCUCACAGGUCAAGGGGUAAACGAAGGAAUUGAAUGGAUGGUGAAGUGUGUGGUUCGAAACAUUCAUCGUCCACCUCGACAAAAAGACAUUACAUAAACCCGUGUUUAGUGUGUGUGUGUGUGUGUGUGUGUGUGUGUGUGUGUGUGUGUGUGUGUGUGUGUGUGUGUGUGUGUGUGUGUGUGCGCGUCCUGAUUUGUUCUGUAAGAAAUCAGUCCAGUUGGAUUUUAUUGCAGUGGUUGCAUUUAUCCCAGCUUCUUCUCUUACACUAAAGCACCAGCUAUGGACAGAAAUGUGCUCAUGUGUAAAAUGACAACACUGUACAUUGAUGUUAAUAUGUUUUUUAAAAGUACAAAUUAAACGAUGGACAAUUUGCUUUGACAGUGAAUUCUGUUGUAAAGCAGAUGCUUAUCUUGGUGCAAAGUUCACUGUCCUAAGGGAGGGGGUGGGGGUGUCUGUUUUUUAAGACUAAAGUAUUAUCAAAAUAAUCUAGACAUUCUUCAUUGAACAUACAAGUAGUUUUUGCUCAGCAACUUAGUUUCUUCUUCAUUUUGGAAUCCUAUCAGAUCAGAUAUUUUUAACUUCUGUAAUGAAUUCUAUAAUAAACCAUUGUUGAAAGUAAA